AUGACCAACUACGAUUACGCGACCCACGAGCUUAUCCUGGAGAUGACUCAACUCAUGACACAAUGUACGGCUCUCAACCCGCCUGUCCUGGAGACAUAUUCUACGUCUUGUUCAUUGAUUGAGCGUCGUCAAUUCACUGACAUGAUCCAGUUAGCAAACCACAUUCUUUUUCUGGCACAAAUGCACACUCUACCUGAUCUUGCUGGCCAAAUCCAGAGAGUCCUUGAGAACUGGGUUUGCAGAGGUGAUCCUAUGCCUAAUCAAUUUAUUUACAAGACGGCUGAAUUGUUCGCCAAUAUUGGCUAUCGCUUCCGCGUUGUUCAAUGGACUACUCGCGAGCAGGCUUUUGAUCAACUGGUAUCCGCCGCUCAUAACGCAACUCUUGUCGAUGCAGAAAUUGCCUCAGACAUCGUCUUCGAGGGCUCUCGUAUCGAACAAGACUAUACCUCAUUUACACCCUGGGCAAUAAAUAGCUUCGAAGGUCAGUACCAUGCUUCUAACCUACCACCACAGCAGUCACCCCGCAGAGUUUCCAUCUACAAGAAAGACGUCAAGAUCGAUCUCGACUGCAUCGGUUGCCCAACCUGCAGUUUCUGCACAAAAGUCAAGAAGGAUAUGCUCAAGCACGAAGCCCAACAUUGGGAUGACGACUACCCAUGCGUCUGCGCUUACCUUGACGAAAAAGUCAUGGCAAAAGAAAUCGAUACCAAGGUUUGUCACUGUGGUAGACUCGCGAUUGAUGAGAAUGCACGUAUGUUGCGAGAUUGGGCGGAUGAACGAACUGGACAUCUGGUUUAUAAGUUUGGUAUGUCCGAGACUAUGCCGACUUUUGCUAAUGUUACUGCUAUCCAGAUGCAGCGUGAUGUUACGUUUCCCAAGAUGGAACAGUAUUUGAACGUCAACUCUGAGGCCUGGAAUUGA